CGAAAAGCCCUUUAAACAAUUGAAUGGUAUCGUGUAUACGAAUAUGUCGCGUGUAAGUGCAUCUAAGUCAGGUGCACAGAGUGGGGUCCUUCGUUUAUAAGGCGACAGCGCUAGUGCACAUUGCCGGGAGUGUGUUGUGUAGUGCACCUCAGAUACAAACAUGCGGACAUUUUUGGUGCUAGCAUGCGUGAGCGCCGCUGUUGCGGUGGCAGUACCUGUUGAAUAUGGCGGCUACAGUUUUGCGCACGCGCCGAUCGCCGUCCAUGCCCCUGUAGUGCACGCAGCGCCCGUCGUACACGCUGCGCCGGUAGUCCACGCUGUACAUGCUGAGCCUAUUGCCUAUCCAAAGUACGCGUUCAACUACGGCGUGAAGGACCCUCACACGGGUGACAUUAAAUCACAACAAGAAGAGCGUGAUGGUGAUGUCGUUAAAGGAAGCUAUUCUCUAGUGGAACCGGACGGCUCAACCCGGACCGUUGCGUACUCCGCAGACGAUCACACCGGCUUCAACGCGGUCGUGCACAAAACCGGACACGCCGUCCAUCCGCAACAAGUAGCGGUCGCGCACGCAGCACCAGUAGCCCACUACGCUCCAGCCCCCAUCGCUGUGGCAUCCUACGGCGGCUACUUACACUAAACCACCACGGACUUAUAGCCCUUUGCAAGAGCGACACUUAGCUCCGUAUGGUUCUAUUUGAAUCUACAUUUCAUUAAAAAAUGACACAGAAAAUCCUAAAGACGUCAUUUAGCUGAUCGUCGUCCUUGCGUCGGACUAUUAAUCUUUUAAUCAUAACGAAACAAAUACUCUAUAGAUUACGGUCUAAAUAUACUUUAAUUUUAAGUUGGGUUUAAAUGUGAAGGGAUAGAUUUGAGCGUUGAUUUAAUUCCACGAUAGAGUGGUGCGACUUGAUUAACGACUUCCCUGAAUGACUUUAUAACUGAGACUGGACACCAAAUCUGGAAUCAUUCAACGCUAAGAAUGUUAAUGGAUUACGUAUAAAUACUGUGUGGAUUUGAAUAUAAGAGUUUGUGGAUAUUUGUUCACAUUAGUGAAUAACUUGCCAUUGUUUAAAGCAUCUGAAGUACAAUUAUUAUUUAUCUAUUUGUAUAUUUUUUUUAUAUUUUCAUUAAUAUUACGUG